CUGGUACAGGGGGUUAGUGAAGUGAUUGUGGCGCCUAGGGACUGAAGGCACUAUUCCACUCCAGUCAGGUAUUAUACACUGAGAAAUGUCUACAUUAGUUCUCCAGAGCUCCCUGCCAAGCGAGCCAGCGCAGGCAAGAGACGGGAACCCCUGCCAUGGAAAACCUCUCGCUAGAAGAUUGUAGUGGAAGCCUGGCGUGAUCUCAGCAUCUAGGAACCUGUGGGCACCGAUCAAUCGGUACAAUAGAGCAGAGGCAGGCUGCAAUAGCGUGCAGAGCAGACGUCUCUCCUCGUUCCUAGAAAACUGGGAGCCUCUGUACCAUGUCAUAUCCUCAGUUCGGAUACCCUUACUCUUCUGCACCCCAGUUCCUGAUGACCACCAAUUCCUUGACUACUUGCUGUGAGUCUAGUGGCAGGACUCUGACAGAAUCGGGGGCUGCCGCCUCGGCUCAGACCCCGGUCUAUUGUCCUGUAUACGAAAGCCGGCUGCUGGCUACAGCCAGACAUGAGCUCAAUUCUGCGGCUGCCUUAGGAGUCUAUGGAAACCCUUAUACAAGCACCCAGGGCUAUGGAAACUACGUUACCUAUGGCACUGAAGCCUCUGCCUUCUAUUCCUUGAAUAGUUUCGACGCCAAGGACGGGGCUGGCUCUGCGCAUGCGGGCAUCACCCAGGCCGCUGCCUACUACCCCUACGAUCACACGCUCAGUCAGUAUCAGUACGACAGGUACGGCACGAUGGACGGGGGCACACGCAGGAAGAACGCCACGCGGGAGACCACCAGCACGCUCAAGGCCUGGCUGCAGGAGCACCGCAAGAACCCCUACCCCACCAAGGGCGAGAAGAUCAUGCUGGCCAUCAUCACCAAGAUGACCCUCACGCAGGUCUCCACCUGGUUCGCCAACGCCCGGCGCCGGCUCAAGAAGGAGAACAAGAUGACCUGGCCUCCCAGGAAUAAAUGCUCGGAGGAGAAGAGACCCUACGAGGAAGAGGAGGAGGAAGAGUCGCAGGAAGACAAUAUGAAGAGCGAGAAAAACGAGGAGCCCGCGAGCAAAGAGGACAAGGAGCUGGAGCUGAGCGAUUUGGACGACUUCGACCCCAUGGAGUCGGAGAGCUCGGAGUGCGAGAUGAAGCCGCCCUUCCCAGCCCUGGAGGGCAGCCAGAUGCGGGCCGCCGACACGUGUGCCGGCGACCACUGCAAGGAGCCUGCCCUCAAGAUGCCCAUCCCGGCCGGCGCCAUGGAGGAAGACCUGGAGCGAGCUAAAAACUGUCUCAAGAGCGUGGUGGACGAGUGCGAGCAAGACCUGAUCCACGCCAGGCAGAGGAGCUGCGAGUCCAAAAUGUGCUUCCAGCAGGGGCAGCAGAUCCUGGAGACCAAGCCCAGGAUCUGGUCCCUGGCUCACACCGCCACUUCCCUGAACCAAACUGAGUACCCUUCCUGCAUGCUGAAGCGCCAGGCCGUGCCCUCCUCCGCCGCGGUGUCUGCCCCUGUGGGGGUCAUUGACAGGCACCAGGAUUCCCCAGUCACCAACCUCAGGAACUGGGUGGACGGGGUGUUUCACGACCCCAUAUUCAGACACAGUACUUUGAACCAAGCCCUGAGCAACACCACAGUUUCCUGGGCCACCACCAAAGGGGCCAUUCUGGAAACGGGGUCCCUGGGACGCUCAGUCGGGAACAGUGCCAGCGUGCUCAAAGGGCAGCUGGCAACCUUGUCUCACCAGGACUCCAGCAAGGACUUCCUUGCCUUUCCCAAAUCAGGAAGCAAAAUGUUUUGUUCCUAACAGCCCACCACGUGGCAAAGGACUGUCUAGCUACGUGAAGAGUCGGACACACCGAGAAAGAGACUUGGAAGAGUUUAAAUUUAAAAUCUAAAACUUUUGUAAAAUAGCAGAGCAACAACGACAAUAACAAGGAUUUAAUGUUCAGUUUGCUUAGUUAAACGGACAGACUUUCUCCAUUCCUGGUUUGAAGAAUUUCUCUUGGCUGCGACUGGAAGGGAUCAGUGUCGUGAAAAUGAUUUAACUCCAUGACUAAACAGCACGUACCCUAGUGUAGACCUACUUAAAAGUUUACAUCCAAAAGUUUACAAACGAGAAAUUUUAAUUCAGAGAUUUAAUUUAAGGCAUGCCAAUAUUAGUUAUGAAGACUUCUCAGACUUUUUUUCCUUCUGAUUUCAUCUUUAGCAUCUAAUUCACAAACAAGCACUUCUACCGAGUUUACACUAUUGCACACAACUUAACUUGACAAAUGAGAUAUGUUAACAGGUAUGUUCACUCCAAUAAAUUGUCUGUUUCAGAGGUUAAAUAAACGAGUGGUGGCGUGUUGCAUUACAAAAUGGACAUUUUCCAGCCUUAGCAUUCGCUUUCCAGCAAUUGAAAGGAAUGCCAGGAUGCUGCAUUAACGGUACAAGAAAGCUGUAGAAAGUCCCGAUAAAUCAGUAGCAGCACUGCAAGCAACUAUCUUGAAAUCAGAGACCGGUGCUUCUUCAUUGGGCCUUUUGGUUCUUUCUUGUGUUAAAGGAACCAAAACACCCAGACAUCUGAGAUCCGGAGGUAAAUGGUGUUUCAGGAAUCAAGCAUCCAGAUCUCUGAGAUCCGGAGUGAAAUGGUGUUCAAGGAAUCAAGCAUCC